AAUUAGCCAGGCACGAUCACCACACUAUCGUAUAAAUAUACCACAAAACAAAUAAUAAUUCUCAUUCUCUCUUUGUCGGCUUCUUAUAAAGCAUGUAAGUAGUGAUAAAGUAAUAAAAUGGGAUUUUAUUGGAUUUAUUCUUACUCCCACGAAUUGAGGUUUCCAACAUGCUGCUUAACCAGGAGGGUAACAAAUUCACCGAGAAAGAACUAUCCUGUGAUUGGAUAUUAAGCUCCCUUCCCAUGGUGACCACUUUAAUCAGUGGUCGCCAUGUCAUCAUCGACUACAUGUCUGACCAGCAGCUUACAGAAACCUACUUUAUGAUUCAAGAAGCCGCACAAAAUGGAGACGGAUACGGCAUCGACGAGUUCGACUCCGAAAAGGACUUCCGCCGGGAAAUCGAAGGAAGUGACUGCUUUGCCGUGAUAUGCAAGGAAAAUGGCGAACUGUUAGCUGGUUUCAUUUUGGCAGAGAGCAAGUUCUAUCGCGGUGUCAAUGGGGUAGUUGAUCCAUUUAUUAUUGUCAAACGCUCAGAAAGAAAUCAGAAACUGGGAGAAUUCUGUAUGAGAAAGGCCAUAAACUUUUCAAAGAAACUUGGAUAUAUGGGCAUGUAUGUGGACACAUUUUCUAACAAUAUAGCCGUGCUCAGAAUCAUUGAGAAGAUUGGAGAGUUUCAGAAAGUGGGCUUUCUUCCACUCGGUGGGAGGCUACAUAAUGGACAGUUCGUGGGAUCAGUGAUCUACUAUCGGGAUUUACAGAUCAAUCCGUCAGAUGACACGUGAAUAUUUUAUGAAUUCUAUUAUGGACGAUCUAAUAUCCAAUUAGGUCAACACCUUUUGAAAUCAUUUGUCAGGACCAGUUUUACUUGGUGGUCAUAUCAAAGUUGCAGCGACAAUUAGCAAGGAAUUUUCCAGUUGGAUUCCUAUUGCAGUGGUGGGUCCUUGAGCAACUAAGAGAAUCAAUGGUCUAAAGGACCCUCAACAUUCCAUGUAACAGCAAAACAUUCCUGCCUUUACAAUACUGUGAUAAAGUCAGUUAUGUAAAUUUUAACUUUAAUCAAUGACAUUAAAUAUAUUUUUACAAUUAUCUUCAAAAUAUACAAAUACAUGACUAA